AAUAAAAAAUAAAAAGACCUGCGGGGGGCAGCAGUGCGCCGAGGAUGCCGGAAACCACCGAAGAAGAAGAAGAAGAAGAAGGCGCGCGCUCCUUCGAAGGCUUUCACACUAAACUUUGACGUGAUCGAUUCAUUGAUUAGGAUCAAACUCGAAGAGGAUCAGGAUGUUGAAUGAGAAGAAAACAAGUGCUCCCGCUGAUCGCGCUAACAUGGUGGCUGCCACAGUCUUCUUGCUGGGCGUGGGAACCCUGCUGCCGUGGAACUUCUUCAUGACCGCCUCCCAGUAUUUCAACCAGCGGCUGCUCCCGCCUCCUGCGGCCAACGCGUCGUCGGGGGCGACCGGCGCGGACUACAACUACGACAGCUGGAUGGCGCUGGUUUCCCAGCUGCCUUUGCUGCUCUUCACGCUGCUCAACUCCUUCCUCUACCGGCGGGUGAGCGAGCGCCUCCGCGUGGCCUUCAGCCUGGUGGCCAUCUUCCUGCUCUUCUCCCUCACCGCCGCUCUGGUCCACGUGUCCAUGGAGCCGCCCACCUUCUUCACCGUCACCAUGGCGACCAUCUGGUGCAUCAACAUGUUCAGCGCGGUCCUGCAGGGCAGCCUCUUCGGGCUGGUGGGCCUGCUUCCGCCCGGUUACAGCACCCUCUUCAUGAGCGGCCAAGGUCUGGCCGGGAUGUUCGCCGCCGUCGCCAUGCUGUCCUCCAUCCUAGGGAACCCGGAUGUGGAGUCUGCGGCGUUGGGAUACUUCAUCACGCCGUGUGUGGCCACGCUGGGAACGCUGCUGUGCUACCUGCUGCUGCCUCACCUGACGUUCGCUCGCUUCCACCUGAGCAGGCGGGAUGAAGAGGAGGACACGAUGAAGACGAAGGUUCUGCUCAGCAGCGCAGACGAGAAGGAGCGGGUGAGCGAGGACCACGGCGAGCGCUCCUCCGUCCUGCUGGUCUUCAAGAAGAUCUGGAUCAUGGCGGCCUGCGUCACCUGCGUGUUCGCCGUCACGCUGUCCGUGUUCCCCGCCAUCACGGUGCGGGUGGAGAGCGUCUACACGCACAGCGCCACCUGGGGUCACAUCUUCACCUGUGUUUGCUGCUUCAUCGUCUUCAACGCCAUGGACCUGCUGGGCCGCAGCGCCCCCUCGCUGGCACAGUGGCCACCAAAAGACAGUUGGCUUUUUCCCGCCGCCGUCGCGUCCCGCCUCGUCUUCGUCCCUUUGCUGAUGACCUGCAACAUCCCCCACUCCAAGCUCAGCGUCUUCUUCCGUCACGACGCCGCCUUCGCCGCCAUCAUGGCGCUCUUUGCCUUCUCCAACGGCUACCUGGCCAGCCUCUGCAUGGCCUACGCCCCCCAGCUGGUUCGUCAUAAAGACUGCGAGACUGCAGGCUCUCUGAUGACGUUCUUCCUGGUCCUGGGCUUGGCCAUUGGAGCGGCGCUGUCCUUCCUGCUCGUCAAGCUACUGUAGACCUACUUCCUGCUCCUCGUCAGUAUACUGUACACCUACUUCCUGCUCCUCAAUAUACUGUAGACCUACUUCCUGCUCCUCCUCAGUAUACUGUACACCUACUUCCUGCUCCUCCUCA